UGCUUUAGAAAAAGGUUCUAAAAGUUGUUACCAUAUUACGGAGAUUGCUUGUUUAAAAAUUAAAAUAAUAAAUCUGGAUUUCCAAAAUUACGACGAUUACGAAAAUAUGAUUUGCAUUCUGCAGUAAGAUUGUCAAAAUAUAAUUUUUCAAUGUAGUAAUUGCUACUACACGAUUGCAGUAAUCUCUAAUUGCAACGGAAGAAAGAGGAGUAAUGCUGACGCAACACUUACCUAAGCCGUUUAUGCCACCGAUGAUUACGAUCGCCGCCGAGAGCAGUGGAUCGCCGUCGCCGCCGCGGAGUAUUUUUCCGUUUUCACCAAGAGGAAAGAUAUGUUCGUACUCGUGACGAUCCAUUUUUCAAUGGGAUACGAAGAGGUGAAGCAGCAGCGGUGAACAAGGGCAGUGGCUUGGACUUUCAAGGAAAAUUAGGAACAACUAAAAGCAUUAACAGAUCAGCUUCAGACAUAGUAAACCGAAAAACCGAAGAUAUUACUUACAGCCCGAAAAACUCUCCCUCGGACAUUGUCCUGGAACCCAUUGGCCGGUCAUUAUCUGGGAGGUGGUCAAAAACUUCCUCUCCACUAAGAGUUAUCCAUAAUUUUGAAGAAACAUUAGCAGCUUAUAUUAGUCCAGAUGCCAGCGAAGCAAAGGAAGAGGUUAACUUUAAAAGUUCGUACAAUGUGAGUAAGAGGCAAAAUGAUAUUUCUGGUGUUCAUCUUCCUCCUUCGGCAGCAUUAUUUUAUUCUGGUACUUCACCGAAAAUGGAAGUUAUUGAAUCGUGUGAAAGUGUUUACAAGCUAAACAAGUAUCUUAAAGCUAGGAGAGAUGAUGUGAAUGCUGGUGUUCCUGGAAAGUUCUUGCAUGCUGUAAUUGGGCCGGAUAUUCCUGAUGUGGGAUCUGUGGCUUCGACCAUCAUGUAUGCUUUUUAUCUCGACGAAACUCUUAAGAGCAACCAGUUGUGUACUGUGCCAGUCAUCAAUAUGAAGAGGGCAAAGUUAGACUCACAUGCUGGUCUUCAGUGGCUUCUUCGUUCAUGCAAUAUCGAUCUUUCAUCGUUAAUUUUUAUUGACGAGAUUGACUUGUCCUAUUAUGAUUUGUUUGGGAGUCUCAAACUAGUUUUACUCAACUGCGAUAAAAUCCCAUCCGAACAAGAGGCACUGAAAGAGGCAAUAGUUGAAGUGUUUCAUUGCUCAAAGUCUCAUUCAUAUUCUUGGGUUGAUUCUACCACUGUACGACAGGAUGUGUCAUGCUGUACCGUUAUUGCUGAAAAGUUUGCAAUGAUUUCACCUGAAAUAUUGGCUGGGCAAGGAUUCAGUAGACUUUUGUUAGCAGGCAUUCUUGCGGAUACUGGAAACCUAUCAAACUCAGAAUGUACCUCCAAAGAUAAAUAUAUGGCCACCUUAUUAAUUAAUGGAGCUGGUCGGUAUGGAUGCAACGGCCUUUACCAUAUCUUGAAGUACAAGACCCAUGAUUCCUCCGACCUUAACAUGGAAGAAAUUCUGCGCAAGGAAUUCAAGAAAUGGACAAGAUCAGGUAAAUCAAAUACUAUCAGUUCAAGAAUGCUGACACCAAAUAUCGGGAUGAGUUCGAUAGGGAUGUCGAUUGCACAACUGCUGUCUCAUGAUUCCACUUCAAUUUCAGAAAUCAUACAUUUCCAAAAACUGGAAAAACUUGGCCUACUAGUUGUUGUUUCUGGCUACUAUGAUUCUCAGAAGAAAUUCAAGAGGGAAAUUCUGGUAUCUGCCGAGUCUUCUGAGCUAAUGAAGAACCUGCUAGGAUUCCUCAAUGCAAGUUCAGUACAACUACCACUCAAAGCUCUACAUCAAUCUGGACUGAAAGAUGAGAUGAGAGUUUUCGAAAUCGAUAAAGUUACGUCUAGGAGGACUAUCGAACGGCUCCUCGAAGAAUUUCUUUCUGCAUCCAACGGAUAUUAUUAGUUCCAAUCUUUGCACUCAUACGAAAAACAGUGUCAUAUUUCGAUAUAUAGCAGUUGCCAUAUACAAAUUAUUCUCAACUUGAAAUACAGUAUUUGAAAUGUUAUUUCAAA